CCGUACCAUUCCUGAGGGGGCAGGGUAGGCAGCUCCCAGCCUCCUCUUCCGGCUGGGCGCCCUCGCUUCGCCUCGCGGCUGCGGCUCGGCCUGUCCUUCGUCACCACCACUCUGACUCUCCUAAAUCUUGACCAGAGGGGAAGGGGUGCUUCGGAGCGUGCAUCUCCCCGUAUCCCCUCCCGCUACCCUCUGGCUUGUAAUAACAAUGGAGUUGCCCGCGGUCUGGAAAGCUGUGUUGGGUCUGAGUCGGCGGGCGAGGGGCGAGAGGGGUUGGGACGCCAAGGGUUAAGUUCCAGCCCCGGCAAUGGAAGGGAAGCGCGAGUUUGCUGCCUGGGUGGAAUUCUAGCCUCUCCGGGCGGCCACCAGCUCCCGCCGCCUGAGCUGCACUUGCUCCCUCGUCUGGCCCACGAGCAACAGGCUCUGAGGCCGGGCUCACCCCGGAGCUACUGCUCCUCCUGCCGCUGGUGCCUGGGUGCGUCUGGAACCCCUUAGAGUGGGCCGGUGCGUCCCGCCAGUGCGUGCUCUGUAGCCCGACAAAGCUCGGGAAUUGCAAUAAAUUCAACUAUUGGGCCAGGUCCAGGACUUCCUGUAUAAAGCAGGCAUCCUCUAACUUGAUAAAUAUGAGACUGGAACAAAAUUAAAAGGAAACAACAUCUGCUGGAAAGAGGAAUUAUUUAUUACUCUAAUUUCUUGCCAACAUUGAACUCUGAGGAAAUCCACUAAACGGAGAAAGUGAGCCAAUCCAGGAUUACAGUUUAGUAAUCCCCUGAAGAAAAAAUGGGGGAACACUAUGAAGAAAAGAUACAAAGAAGGUGGUUCAUGACAAUUGUGAUCUAGCUCUCGAGACCAGCUACUGGGUGAAUGUCGGGACUCUCAAGAACUGAACUGGCCUCUGUGUCAACCAUAUGCUUCUUCUUCCAGAGCUCAGAGGACUGUGUAACCAUCUCUUCGAAUUACAAAAUCAAUCGUGAGUUGGACAUUCGGGGAUGAAAACACCAAAAUGCUGCAGCUGCUUACUAGUUUGGGGAGGAAUGUGCUUCGUGUAUAAUUAAUAGAGUGUCUCACUUCAUCUUCACAACUGGUUUGCAAGUGUGGAGGAAGCUGUGAUGAAUGGAAAGAUGGAGAACUUCUGUGGAUCUGCUGAUUGUAAAGGCUUCAGAGGGGCACAAGGAUCCUCCCUCUGCCUAAGAGAGCCCCGGUCCAGCUUCUGCCUGAUGUUUCCAGAGGGGACUGAAGAGUUUCCAUUUCUUACAUCUCUGUGAACAGCAGUACUUCCUGCCUCUUGUGGUUUUCCAUCACUCCCAGAUGCCUCUCCUGGAUGAAGACUGUGGGAAAUCCUUCCUCACUAGUUGCUGUGAGAAGGUCCCGCCCAGGCCCUCCAGCUGCUGGUGGUUCUGACAGGGAGGACAGAUGUCUCAUGUACGUCAUGCAUGAAGUCCCUGCAUCACCUCUGUUGUCUCACAGGUGCUUGAUAAAUAUUGUUAAAACGAAUAAAUGAUUGAAAGAGUACAUCUGAAGGAGGAGAAGAAGGAAAUUCUUUCUGAAGGGAGGCGGCUAACCUGGCAGAUUUCGUAUGGGUGCUGCUGUCGGGAGAAUGAAGCUCUGAUAUUGCUAUGUGGCAAGUGGACUCGUGCAAUCACGAGGGAUCCAGAAUUAUGUGAACAGUGUGUGUGGGUGGAAGUGAUCAUGCUCAAAAGGGACAUAAAGCCAGAAAGUGACAGGCCACGGAAAGUCCGGUUUCGGAUCGCGUCAUCUCACAGCGGGCGGGUGCUGAAGGAGGUGUAUGAAGACGGGCAGCCUUCGGGCUCUCUGGAUUCCGAAUGUGCCAGCAUCUGCGGGAUAGAUGGACGGAGUGAGUCCGAUGGACAGCAAAAUGGCCACAUGGGAUCGGAAAGCGAUGAGUGUGAGGACGACCAGGAUAACUUGCUGGCGUUAGCAAGGGCUGCCAGCGAGAAGGGUUUUGGAACAAGAAGAGUCAACAUUUUAAGCAAAAAUGGCACAGUCAGAGGCGUCAAAUACAAAGUGAGUGCCGGACAAGCUCUAUUUAACAAUUUGGCCAAAGUACUGCAGCAACCAUCAACUGACCUAGAAUUUGACCGCGUAGUGAUUUAUACCACUUGCCUUCGUGUGGUACGGACAACCUUUGAAAGAUGUGAACUGGUUAGAAAGAUCUUCCAAAACCAUCGAGUAAAAUUUGAAGAGAAAAACAUAGCUCUGAAUGGUGACUAUGGAAAAGAGUUAGAUGAGCGAUGCCGACGUGUUUCAGAAGCCCCUUCCCUCCCUGUCGUAUUCAUCGAUGGCCAUUAUCUUGGGGGUGCUGAGAAAAUUUUGUCAAUGAAUGAAUCAGGAGAACUGCAAGACCUCUUAACCAAAAUUGAGAGAGUACAGCAUCCACAUGAGUGCCCCUCCUGUGGAGGCUUUGGCUUUCUUCCGUGCUCCGUCUGCCAUGGGAGCAAGAUGUCAGUGUUUCGAAACUGCUUUACAGACUCUUUCAAAGCUCUGAAGUGUACUGUCUGCAACGAGAAUGGUCUUCAGCGCUGUAAGAGCUGUGUUGGUUAGGUGGACCUCCCACCGGGGGAGCACCUUGAUUUAUUUACCAAAGUCAGUUGUAUGGUUUAUACUUUUUUUUUUUUUUAAAGGUCAUGUUUAUGGACUAAUCAAUAAACUUUGUUUAUUGUAAUUGCCUUUGUUUUGAAUUUUUGCCGUGGCCAUUUUCAUCGAUUUAUUAAAUAAAGGUCUGUUUCCCAAUGA